AUGAAAGUGGCCAGUAAAAGUAACUCAUUUCAAGAUACUUUAAGAGAUGUUAAAGAAGCUCUCAAGGGAAAAGAAGAAGGCAAGUGCCUACAGGGCAUAAGAAGCACAAAAGAAGAAAAACUUCUAAUAACGAUGAAUAAGAACCAAACUGCAGCCGAAAACCUACAAAAGCUAUUAAGAACAAAAGACAAUGGCAUAGGAAAAAAGUACAAAAUCUUAGAAGAUAGAAGACAAGCAGAAAUAGUUCUAAUUAGGGGAAUAGAUCCUCUGGUAGAGAAAGAGGAAUUCAUGGACCUACUGAAAGAAAUCAUCGAUGAUAUGGAAAACAAAAUAGUGAAUCUAAGCGACCUAAGACCAACGGCGGACAAUACACAAUCGGUAUCCUUGAACAUAAACAAAAAAAGAUGCAGAAAAAUUAUUAGAAGCAAAGGAGAUCAGAAUCGGACUAACAAGAUGCAAGGUGGAAAGAAAGAUCAGGAUGCAGCGAUACAACAAAUGUUGGCUGUACGACCCAUAAACAACAGACCAGAUCGGUCAAAACUUUGCCACAAUUGGGGCAAGGAAGGUCACCUUCAGGAAGAGUGCAAAGAAGAAAUCAAUUGCCCCAUAUGUGAGAGAGCAGGAUAUAGAUAUAGAUAUCUUCAGGAGCAAAACAGAGAAAUGAAAAAAGCUGUGCAGGGAAUUAGAUGAGGACAUCUGGGGGAAGGCAUAUCAAAUCGUGACGAAGAAGCUUGGGCUCAGAAAUAAAACAAGACCGGACGAAAAAAAGUCAAGGAACAAGUGGAAAAACUCUUCCCGAAAAAGAAAGAAAUAGCAUGGGAGACGCUUCAGGUAAAUUAAGUGGAACUCUUUGAUGACUGUUUAAGGAGAGGCAGUUUCCCUGAAAUAUGGAAAAUAGCGAGACUAGUACUGAUAGAAAAGCCCAAAAAAAGCCCACAAGAGGGGACGAAGUACAGACCCCUAUGCCUGGACUAAUGCAAUAGGAAAACAC